AUGGUCCGGUCGUCGAAAAGCGUCAAGAGGACCAGCGUCAAGACCGGAAUGUCAGCGCAAGGAGAUAACGUGAUGAUCGGCUCGUCGCCGUAUUAUUUUCGCCAUGUCGCCGAAAGAGAAUCGGCGAUGUCGCAGGACGAUUGUGACAUGUCGAGACAGAAUGCCUUCGAUAAUUUUAACGAGUGGCUCGUCCAAAGGAACUGCAAGUACUGCGUUUACAGCCUCGCUACGAUACUGGCGAUAUUAUUUUGCCUUGUAAUCGCUGGCCUGCUGUUCCCGUAUCCUUUGCACGCUUCGUGCAUUGUGAAAUGGAAGUUUGAUGAUUCAUGCGCGUAUGUGAUGCAAAAGUUCCAGCGUCAGAUAAUGAAUUGGUCUUCUUGGAAAGCUUGUCAACAGCGUGGCAGCAGUUGCCUGUAUACGCUCCAGCUUCCUGUGGAGAAUAAUAUAAUCAGAGCAACGCACAGAACACCAAACUUGAAGUCGCUCGAGAAAAUUGAGAUUAUCUUCAAGGAAUUGAACAAUACGUGUCUUGUUACAGCUGAUUCUGUGUCAAAUGAAUGGUUCAUGCUAUUCGAUUCUGGGACAAACUAUUGUAAUCUACACAAUUUGGUUGUGGGAGCCGGUCUUGAUAUUCAUACAAAAUUUUUGGAGCUGACGAGUGAUGCUGUAUGCACACAAUUCAAUAUGGCAGUUUGUUGAUGAAACAGAAUAUACAUACAACACACCUACAAUAUUCUAGCAAAAA